AUGGACGCCUCACAAGUGGUCGAGGCCGUGUCCAUUCUCUACACCGAUCCCUCCCCGGAUCGCAAGUCGCAGGCCAACGCAUGGCUCACCUCCUUCGCCGCAACUCCCGCCGCAUGGGGCGUCGCCGCGAGUCUCGUCGAGUCAGCGCAGUCAAUGGAAGUCCGUUACUUCUGCGCCAAUCUCCUGCUUUCGAAAGCGCGUUCCGAUCUCUCUGCUCUCCCCCCAGAUUCGCGCGCGGAGCUCGGCGCGCAUCUGCUGCGCCUCGUCGCGUCCUACAUGACCAAAAGCAGCGUGCCACCUGUCGUUCUCUCUCGCGUCUGCCUCGUCGUGGCGGCGGUCGCGCUGCGGUCGGCCAAUCAGCACGCGCUGAAUGCCAGCACGCUAUUGGACGUCGUGCUCCGCGCCGCUGACGUGGCGGAGAAGAGCGAGGGGGGGGCUGGGCCACAAGGGUUGGGGGGCGGGGGCGGGGGAGGGGGAAGCGCAAGCGACCAGGCGCUGGCGGUGGUGGUGGCGGUGCUGCAGGGGGUGGCGGAAGAGGCGGAGCAGCUGGACAGGCGGAACACAGAGAUCACCCUCGCGCUCAUCCGGACGCGCUUCCCGGACCUGCUUCAAAUCAUCCAGACCUACACGCAGCGCCACAGCUCCUCCCUCUCCGCGCCCUCCUUCCCCCCGCACCCCCCGCCCCUCCUCUCCGCCUUCCUCCGCCUGCUCCUCACCUGGCUGCACCUCGACUUCGCCUCCGUGGGCCAGCAGCCAGUCACAGCGUGCCAGCUCAGCACCGCCUUCCCCUUCCUCUGGCACUUCAUUCUCCGCUCGCUCGCAUCGCCCCACCCGCCUGUCGCUGCCACCAGUGCUGAUAUUCUUGUGGCGCUCGUCAGCCAAUCAGAGUCACAAGGCCCCGGCCCGGCACCAGACAGACGCAUGAGCACCAUUCAUGUCUGCCGUGGUGCUAACGACCCUCCUGGACGCCUGGAAUGA